CCUGCACAAAAGUCUACGUUUUGACUUUCGUUGCCAAUCCCUCUCUUCUUUAUCUAUGCUCUAGCUACAUGGGGAUCACUGUAGAGUUGUGGAGAGCUCGCAUUGGGCUGUUUAGUGGUGGGAGGGGAUCGCGACCACACAGUAAAGCUCCCUCGACAAAACACCAGCCUCUACACUUCAGUGAUACAGUGGGUACUACUGCGAAAGUGGUUCAAGGAGGAUUGCUUUUAUUGUAUAUUCUCACAUUUCUGAGCUCUCAAGAUAAAACUGAAUUCCUAAAACGUACAAGGAACGUUGGUCUUCUGGUGAUAUCGAUUGCUGUGUUGCUCCACUCUCUUGCCCACCUCUUGCUGUUAGCUGGAGACGUUGAGAGCAAUCCUGGGCCUCAAAUGGAUGACACACUAACAAUGGAUGAUUUAAACGAAGCUCACACUAAACUGUACGACUCUCGGAACAGAUGGUUUGAGAUUGGACAAGCUCUACAUGUUGAGGAUGUCGUACUAGAUAGCAUCAGAAAGCAGUAUGCUAAGGAUGACAGCACCUGUCUUCGUGAAAUGCUUGAUCACCGUUUGAAAUCAUGGCCUCCUCUAACCUGGAAGGAGUUACUUAAUACUCAGUAUGCAUAUCUGUCAUUAGGAUCAUCUGCUCAACCAGUGAGUACAGUUCUUCAAGUGCUAUUGGACAAAUAUCAACUCAGUCCUUCUCAAGUCGACUGUCAAAUUCAACAAACGCACAUACCAUAUUUGGCUGCCUUUUUUGAUAAUGUUGGUUUCUAUGUCGAUGUGAUGGAAUUAACCCCUGGUGAACAAACCGAUGUCAAAGGUGCAGAAGCUAAUCAAUUAGCCGUGAUCAAGUGCUUGAAACUCUGGAAAGGAAAGAAUCCUGCACGAGCGACAUUCUUGACCCUUCUGGAGAUGUUGGUAAAGUUAAGGAAGGAAGAGAUUGCCGAUCAAAUCUGUCAGUACUUAAAAGAGGAUAUCAUCACCUCACUUCCAACACAGUCUAGUAUUCAAGGAGCAUCUAACUCACCUGAAGAAUCUAAUGUGGUAUCAGGAAAAUGUACGAAGGAAAAACUCACCUCUGCCAAAUGGGCCAAGUGGGAGCUGGACUCACUAGAAAUGGAUAAAAAGUUCUCAAAUUUGGUAAUGAAACUUCGGAAGUCUUUGGAAAGUCGAAUUGUUUUAAAGCAGUUGACCACUUGUUUAAUGGAUGUGAGCUGCUACAAGCAAGUGUUCAAAAGCCCUAACCAGUGUUUGUUUUGGGAGAAACGAGAGGAUCUACAAAAGGCGAGCGAUAUCUAUGAUGUAUGGGAUGUUAUCCGUGGCUAUUUUUCAUAUUUUUCGUAUGGAUUGAUUGAGCAUCUCACUGACCAUCUUGGAAGUGAUGAAGACAAGGACAACUUUUUAGUCUAUGUUAAAGAGUUUAAAGAGUAUGCGAAACGAAGGGUUCAGUACCCGACGAAGUUUGAUUGUGGUUCCAGAGAUGAUAGUACUAAGAUGAUUGUGAAGCUUGACUCUACUUAUGACAAAUGUGAGCUUCUCUACUUGAAACAAUUUGAAGAAAAUCUAGCAAAAAUACUUGAAGUUGAUGUAAAAAUAUUAAUACUUUGUGGAAUUAAUGAAGGCUGCGUUCAACUUGUGUUCGAGGUACCCUCUUUCAUUCCUCCCGACAUCUUCCCACUCACACCCAAUCAAGAAGCAGAAAUAAGAGAUCUUGGGGUAAUCCAAUUGGACUGCGGGGACUAUCAUUUCGAAGUACAGGAUGCCAAUUCUCAAGGUUCAGAUAGUGUGAGUACAGUUCUUCAAGGGCUAUUGGACAAAUAUCAACUCAGUCCUUCUCAAGUCGACUGUCAAAUUCAACAAGUAGACAUACCCUGUUUCACUGCCUAUUUUGAUAAUGUUGAUUUUUAUGUCGAUUUGAUGGAAUUAACCACUGGUAAACAAACCGAUGUCGAAGGUGCAAAAACUAAUCAAUUAGCCGUGAUUAAGUGCUUGAAAAUCUGGAAAGGAAAGAAUCCUGAACAAGCGACAUUCAAGACGCUUCUGGAGAUGUUGGUAAAGUUAAGGAAGGAAGAGAUUGCCGAUCAAAUCUGUCAGUACUUAAAAGAACGUACAAUACCGAAUGACACAACCACGACCCAAUCUUUGAAAUCAGAGAACUGGACUGAGGAUUUAUUCAAUUCACUUCCAGCUCAGUCGUCUAGUAUGCAAGAAUCAUCUGACACACACAAGGAACUUGAAGAAUUCAGUAUACCAGGAGGCUGUACCCAGGAAACACUCUCCUCUGCCAAGUGGUUGCAAGACUCACUAAAAAAGAGUGACAUACUCCAACCUGACCACCCAGUUGAGCUAGCAGAUGAUGGAGACGUCUUUUCUGGAGAUGAGUCGUUUCAUUCUGCCACUGAUAAUCGUGACAUUUUUGUAUGUCCUUACUGCAAAGAGUGUUCUCCACAACAAUUCUUCUCUAAAGAAGGUUGCCCCAGGAAGACAAAAUCUCUCGAAACUACCUCCCUCUUUCCUUAUCUUGACGUUACUGGUCUUGAUGAUGAAGAUGUCAAGUAUUUGGAAGAAAAAUUGAUACUUGAUACACGAAAGAUUAUUAUCAAGUUUUCUGAAUUCUCCGUAUGUAUUCGGAAAUCAAUUGAAGGACAAGAUACCUUAGAUAAUCUUCGAGAUUGUGUAUUGAGUGCUGUUCUUCCAAACGAUGAAGGUGUGAGUGCACUUGAUACUGAGCACAAAGAGAUAGUCCUUGCGGCAAAAAGCCUUGCCAGAAUAUUCUCCACACUUCAAACUUACAACUAUAUCUCAUUUUUGAACUACCAAAUCAUUGAGCUGCUUAUUCAACACUCAGGUUCUGCUAUUGAUCACAAAAUGCUUGAACGAUACCUGGAUGAUUUAAAAACCUUCUGCCAGAGAAGUGUUUUCGAAGUUCCUCCAUCUGCUUUUUCAUCAUGCAAGUCUCGUAAGACAGCCAAAGUGUUUAAACUCAAAUGCACAGAGUCGACAUUAACACUAAACGGGGUUAUAGUUCUACAAGACAAAUUUGCUGAAAUCUUAGGUCUGGAAUUCAAUGCUUUACAACUUUGCUCCGUCAGAAAAGGCUGUGUUGAGUUACACUUCUUGGUUUCCGCAGCUGUUGCUGAGCAUAUCUUCCCUCUGUCCCCUUCUCAACAGUCGGCACUCAAUGCGAUUGGAGCGAGGCUUCUCCCAUUUGACAAAAAGGAAAACAAAAGGCAAGACGAAGACGAAAACAUCGAUGCUCAGCCAACCCCCACCCCUCAUGAAAAUCUGCCCCAGUCAUCCCACACACAAGAGCAACAACAUAUUACGACCGAGGAAAAGAAACCACAGCUAUAUCCCAUAUCUAAAGAAAGAGGGCCGCUCAUAACUGAAGACCUGGAUCCUCAACAAACAACCACAUCUCAGGAGAAAAAGCUACUUGAACCACCAUCCAAACAGAAGGAUGGAGAGAGACAACAAUCCCCUCUACCUAAGCAUUUGUCCCCAUCUCUUGGUAUAUCAUGCGAUGAUAUUAUGCCCAAGAAAACAGAUGAGGAUGCCAUUUCAUGCAGUUCAGAUAGUGAUGCUGACUUGGACAACAACUAUGACAAUCAAAGCACUCAGCCACAUCUGGAACUCGACGAUGAGUCAAUAGCAGUGAAAUCAAGCUGUUUUCAUUCAGACUCUGGAUACAGCACAGGGCCAUCUAGCCAAACAUCAUCAACAACUCACACCUUGCCGGUUAACGACACAGCUUCGCCAACAGGCAUUAUCUCCUUCCCGGUACACAUUUGCAUACCGUUUCAUAAGCUUCAUUUAGCCGUGUUCAAUGGAGUAAUAACCCAAGUACGGUUCCUGAUUGAAGUUCUAAACUACGAUUCUAAGUCUUGUAAUGGGGAAGUUCAUUUUCUACUUCACAUUGCAGCAAGUUGUGGACAUCUCAACAUUGUUAGGUACUUCACUGAACACAUGGAAUUCAAUGCGGCAACUCAAUGCAUCACUGGUGCAGCACCACUUCAUCAUGCUGCUCUCAAUGGACACCUAUAUAUACAUAUUUUGAAGUACCUUAUCGGUAUUUGGCAAGUUGAUCCGUCUAGUAGAGAUAAUCGUGGAUGUUCUGCUCUACAUUAUGGUUGUGCAAGUGACAGCGUGGAUGUUGUGAAGUACAUUAUGGAUGAGAUUUCACAACAUGAUCUGCUUGAUGUCAAUGAGGAAAAUCAACUCAAUGGUUCUUCCCCUCUCCACAUUGCUGCUGAAUCAGGGGUUUUAAAAAUGGUCACAUUCUUAUUAAAAGAAGUAAAAUGCAAUGUUAACUGCAGGGACAAGAUUGAAAGAACACCACUUCAUCUUGCGUCAAGGUCUGGACAGAGUGAAGCUUUACAGCUCUUACUAAAUGAGCCUGGUGUGCACGUGGAUGAAAAAAUGAAGGACAAUGUAACGGCACUUCAUCUAGCAGCUAGACGAGGAAUGUUAAAGUGUGUGAAGGUUCUUCUACAGAAUAAAGCUGAUCCAAACACUCAGGGCGUAGAGAAACGUACUGCCCUAUGGUUAGCCUGUUUCCAUGGGCACAGAGAUAUUGUUCAACAGCUAAUCACUGCUGGAGCUAGUGUAUGCACGCCAGACAAGAGUGGAUUCUCUCCUUUAAUGAUAGCUGCCCAAGAAGAUCAUCUCGCUAUAGUAGAACUACUGAUUGCUGCAAAAGCUCACAUUAAUGCACAGAAUUGCAGAGGAACGACAGCUCUACAGCUAGCAGUUAUCAAGGGACAAAGAGAGAUUGUCAGUGUUCUCCUCAAAAAUGGAGCCGAUCCAAAAGUUAUGGAUAAGAUGGGAGAAACAGCAAUGGACACAGCAAAAAUGUGUGGUCACUUUCUUAUAUACCAGAUGCUAUUGGUAUACCAUGUAGCUAGUGUGCUGUUCAACAGGAACUAAUGAAUUACACAUGCAUAUUUGUCACAUAAUGCCAUGCACUCAGCCUUUAUUUUAAUUUUGUGUGUGCCAUAAAUCAUAGAUACACAAAAGAAAGGGAUAGGCAACGCCCAGCACUUCC